GGGAUCAAAAAUAUUCUCUUCUUUUGUCAAGUUCUUGAAGAGCAAGGAUCCCAAUGAUGGGUCAGAACAUGCAUUGCUUGAUGAAUUACGUGCACUGGAUGAGCAUCUCAAAGCUCAUGGCCCAUACGUUAAUGGCGAGAAAAUCUCAGCGGUUGACUUAAACCUCGCACCCAAGUUGUUCCAUCUUGAGAUAGCCCUUGAUCAUUUUAAAGGAUGGAAGAUACCAGAAGAUUUGACUUAUCUUCAUGCUUACAUGAAGCUGCUUUUCAAUCGGGAGUCCUUCGUAAAGACCAAGCCAGCGAAGGAGCAUGUGAUUGCCGGAUGGGCGCCAAAAGUUAAUGCCUAAUACUUGUGUAACUAUGUUACUUCAAUGUUUUUUGUGCCCCCAGUGCAGUAUAUAGCCUUCUAUUUUGCAUGGUUUGAAACAUUUGCCACUGAUAUGCUUCUUCUCCUUCAUACCGUGCAUCCAAAUAAUAAUAUUUGUAAUGAGAAUUGAGGAUUAUUGCUAAAGUGUUGGCUGCUUGCAUGUUUUUA